AUGGCAUCCCGAAAAGACCUCAGCGGAAUCUUCGUUGCUAUCCACACCCCAUUCACCGACGAUGGGUCCGAGAUUGAUAGCCAGCGCCUCCAGCAACACAUUGACCGACUUCUUGCUUCUGGUGUUCACGGCAUCAUUCCCGGAGGCUCGACCGGCGAGUUCACGGCUCUCAGCAUCGAUGAGCGCAAGCGGUUGACAGAAUUGUGUAUCAAGCAUGUGGAAGGGCGAGUUCCCGUCGUCGUUGGAACGGGCGCUCUUAACACCGCCGAAUGCAUUGAUCUUGCGAAACACGCGGCAGCAGCCGGUGCCGCGUCGUUAAUGAUUGUGCCGCCGUUCUAUGACGUAUUGUCGUUUGGGCAGCUACAGAGCCUUCUUUUCGACAUCCACACCGCAUCGGGCCUACAGCUGAUGUACUACAACAACCCUGCUGCUAGCGGCCUCACUCUGACGCCGAGCCAGAUGGCGAAACUGUCAGAGUCGGGUUGCAAGUAUGUCAAGGAUACUGCAGGGGAUGGACCUUGCCUGACCGAGCUGAUUUUCGAAAAACAAGACGAAAUCAUAAUUUUCAACGGCUGUGAUACGCUCACGCUUUAUGGCUUCGCUGCCGGCGCAAAGGGAGCGGUUUGGGCGACUGCAAACCUUAUUCCCGAGUUAGCUGUUCAACUAUGGGACGUCGUUGCUGUGAAGCAUGACCUAGUAGCUGGCAGAGCACUUUGGGCUAAGAUCUUCCCCAUCUGCAAGUUCCUGGAAGCUCAUAACGUCAGUGCUGCCAUAAAAACCGGCCUUGAGUUGCUUGGAUACAAGAACGGUUCAGUGAGAAAGCCAUUUUCUAUGCUUGGCGAAGAUGAGAAGAAGGAGCUCGCGGGACUUUUGAAGGCAGCUGGCUUGAAAGUCGUUGCUUAG